CGCGCUGCUGCACGCGGCGCGCCUGGAGGCAGAGGCGCGCGCGGAGCGGCCGCGGCCGGGCGCGGCGCUGUUGGCGGCGCUGGAGGCGCUGCCGCAACACAAGUGGCUGGUGGUGCGCGGCGCGGCGGCCUGCCCGGCGCAGGCGGCGGCGCUGGCCGACGUGCUGCUGGAGCGCCAACUGCGGGCGCAUGCGCUGCUGGAGGAAUUGGCGCCGCCGGCCGCCCCGGCGCUACUGGGGGGACUGGUGUCGCAGGCCGCCCCGGCACUACUGGAGAAACUGGCGCCCCCCGGCGCCCCGACGCCGCCCGCGCCGCCGCAGUCGUCAUGAUGCCUUACAAUAAAAUCUUUCGACUCGACUCCUUUUGUUUUUGUAAUAAAAUACCAGUCAUAUAUAUUCCCAUCACUGUACAAGUAAGAUCGUACAUAAUAAUUUAUUCAUUUAUAGACAAUGCAAAACUUACAGCAAUUAAACACGAUUAAGAACAAAAAUAAACAUAAGUAGCGGUGAACCAAUUCCAAUUCCUCAUGUUUGGAUAAAACGAAAUUAGAAAGAUGCAAAGGUUACAUGGAAAAAACAAAAUAGAACACAAAAAUACAGCAUAAUGGAGCCAGUAGAAAAUGUAAACUGCUUAGAAGAUAUCUGUUUUUUGCAUUAUCACUGUGUAUGUUACGUGUAUUCUGUUAGAGAUCCUUUUUAAAUAAAUAAAAAUAGAGUAUAUCGUGCGACGAAUAGUUGCAAGUGCAGUCGUACUGGCCGACUGGCCAAAGAGUAGGUAUAAUAAAUAUUGGGGAACGACUAGCUGACUAGCGAGUACCGACUCCGAGCGAGUAUCCUCGGGUGCAAUUCCUAAAUCAAGUCGCUUAUUCAACUAUUAUCCAAAUACUUAGAACGGAAUCUGUACUUAUACCUGGUGUGUGGCAAUAUGUUAACUCUCUAUUACGUAGGAACAGAUACAUACCUGACUUGCAAAUACUGGAUGUUGAUUUUCCAAUUGAACAUGGUAUAUAAAUCAUUGCCUUGAUUUAGAUGCUUCUACUUUUUGUGAACAAAUUUACUCUGUAGCAAAACAAAAAAUUUAGUUGUAUUAUCAGGCAUCGUCACAUCGUAUUAUGUGAUUAUAAGUAAGAAACAGCCAGAACCACGUGUACGUGAUGCCUUCUUGUACCAUAUCUAUGGUUUCAGAAAUAUAAAGCUGGAUUAUCAAACUCUUUCAGUUCAGAAGUGACGCAAAUGUCAUGACUGUUAUUGACGCUGACUUUAUUAUGAAAAUGAGCGUAAUGUUUACAAGGCUAUUUGUAAUGUAAGGCGAGUGGCGAGGUGCGAUACGUGGCCGCAUAGUGUUUGUUCCCGAGCUGCCGACGGACGAUGCCAUGAGGAGCGCGCUGCUGGCCCUGCUGGUGUCGGCGGCGCUCGCCGCGCGCGAGAGCAGUACGACGAAUGCUUCAGCUGUGGCGGAAGAGAGGGAGGCUGAACAAGAAGACGAAAGUGACUCAGCUCCAUUUAUGAAGAAACUCGCUCUGCAGACCAAUAUUUCGCGCGUUUCAGUCAACAGAAUACUGAAAUAUGAUCUCAAGGAUAAGGCGUAUAGCCGUAGAAAAGUACACUUUUUAAACGAUCGCCUUCGUCAAUUGCGACGCGAACGUUGUCCAAUACUGCUUAGGAGACACGAUGCGAGGAAGAUACUCUUCACCGACGAGAAAAUCUUUACCGUCGAAGAAAAGUUCAAUCGACAAAACAAUAAAGUGUAUGCCAAAAGUAGCAAGGAUGUCCCACCUUCAGCACGGAAUGUCUCGCGUACUCAUCAUCCGGCUAGUGUCAUGGUAUGGUGGGGAGUUUCGUACGAAGGUGUCACUCAGCUUCAUUUCUGCCAACAAGGCGUCAAGGUGAAAGCCAAAAAUUAUCAAAGUGACAUUCUAGAGACUGUUGUGAAACCCCUGUCUAAUACCCUAUUCCAUAACAAGUAUUGGGUUUUCCAGCAAGACUCGGCGCCAUCCCAUAAGGCUAAAACCACCCAAGCUUGGCUGAAGGAAAAUGUGCCGGCCUUCAUUGCGGCGAACGAAUGGCCCUCCUCCAGCCCCGACCUCAACCCGCUGGAUUAUUUCUCUAUGGACUGA